GCAGUAGUUGUCAGUAGUGCAUUCAGCCGCAGUGUGGUGUGCACACGCGAGUGCGUGGCCCGUUUUUGUUCGCUGUGAUAUAGUUGUGUGUAGCGCGUGCGUUCCGUUCCCUCUGUGUGCUGUCCCCAGGUUCCGGUUUUUUUUUUUUUGGGAAAGUUCGAAGAUUCGUGGCCAUCGUCGUCGUCGUGGUAGGCAUUAGGAACAGAAACAGUUUGCUGGUUGGUGGUACGGGGUCCUCGCGAACAACAACGGACCCGAUAACAAACGCAUCGUCGUACCUCGUACAGUGCGGAAUACGGAGUGAACAGCAUAGGAGACAAAAGAAACAUGAUCAGCAACAGUAACUGGCUUCGCACACUCAGGAAAUGAGAAUUGAAAACCGUACACGUGGUUGCUGUCGUCAUCGAGAGAAAACCGUAACCUACGCCGAAGAAAUUCUACUCCCAGGCCCACACACAGCACACAGCAGGCGGGGCUGAGCGACUUAGGAAAAAUCAAGAGGAAGGAUAAAGUACUUGAGCAACAAUGAUCGCUGAGCAAAGAUCGAUUUAGGCGUGCGUGCGUGCGUGCGAGUGCCUGUCAAUCAAACAAACAACCGGAAAAAAGGAUACACGAUCUCCUUUCGAUGCACUUCUUCGAGCCCGUGACUGUAAGUGGCGUGCGCGAAGAAGUAUACCGCUCAGCGCAUGGAAACACCAGUCAUGCAACAACGUAAAAGGUGAACGACUGAAGAGACUUAUUAGUGGUUGGUACUUAAAACAAAACCUACGGACUUGUGUACGAAUGUGAUUGUGUACGUGUACGUGUGUGUCUGUGCUACGGCUUUUUGUGUGUUCCCAGCGAAAAGAAUGGUAUCGCACGACGGCUACAAGAGAGAAUAAGGAACAAAUAUAGAUGGUGGCGGAAGCGUUCGUCUUCAACGCGAACGACAGUGAACCUAAUCCCUAGAUAGCUAACCGGAUAAACGAACAAAAAAAAAUAGGGAAAAACAAAGCAGACCCCCGGUGGUCGUCGGUUGUGUUGUGUUGUAGUAGUACCGGUGAGGUGCUCACAGGGAACCACGCGAAAAAUAAAACGCAUAGUAAGCGGCGCAACGGACGCAGAAGGCGGGUAGUGAUCAAGGAAAAAUCUGAACCGCUCUCCCGUGGACGUUCGCACAGAACAAAUGAUUGUUGGUGGGGUUAUAUAUAUAUAACCAUUUCUGGUUACUAAAAUUAGUUUUGCGCCCCCCAAACCAGACGGGCGUGAUACGCGUGAAACGGCUGAUCAACGGCGGCUAAAGUAGGCGGCAAGCAGACUGCUGCUGUUCGGAAGCACAGGACGGAUAGAAGGUACGGAUACUAACGAAGAGAGCGCACCCGGGGGGUCACCGGACCGGCGAAAAACCGCGAAAUUGUACCCGAUGUCGCUUGUUGUGUUGGAGCUGUACCGAGUGUGAAUUAUGAAAGCACCGUGUAAUACGCACGGAAGUGUAACAAGUGUAAGCGUGUAAUCCGGUAACGACUGCCAUCUCGGGGUAGUCGGUGACAGUGACGAACCCCAUCCACCAGCUAUACGCGAGAAGACGCAUUGCGACCAAUGCUUGUAAUUGAUUCGUUGCAAACUUUGAAACGAGAAGAAAAAGAGAAUACACCAAUAGUUAAUCCACCGACAACAGAUACUUGCCACGGUGGGGUGGAAACGUUGUAGGAAAAUGAAUAUAGAUUCAACAAAGGCACCAGAAAAGGAGCAGAACCAGCAGCAGCAGCAGCAGCAACAGCAACAGCAACAGCAACAGGAUCAAGAACACGAGCAGCAGCAGCAGCCAUCAACCGGACAUUCAGAUGGGGCACUAGCGUUACUCAUCUCACCAUCGUCACCGUCAUCGACCUCGACCGUUUCACCUACCGUUUCUUCGAUUUCGAAAAAUAGCAGCACAGACGAAAUCGAUGAAAAUACGGCCGACGUUGAGCAGCAACCGCAGCAACCUCAGUCGCUCAAUCCUGUGGCCGAACAGCGAAUUACAGUAAACGAGGGGGCAUCCGAAACGGAAACGGAACAGCAGCCGGCCUGUAACGAUGACGACGAACAACGCCGAAGAAGUAGCGGCAUGUGCUACGAGCAGCGCUAUCAAUGUUUGUCCGAGGUGGAUGUACAGGAAACAAUCGCUCAUGAAACAGCCCGGUCAGUGGAGACCGAAAAGACGCAGGAGAUUAUCGAGAUGGGGCCCGAUUGUUUACUGCCAACAGGCACACUGCUGGCUCCGUGCAUUCCGGACAGCAUCGUAACCACCGAAACGGAAAGCGGGCGAAGGGAUCGAGACGGCGAGGUCGGUAAGGAGAAUCCGACGGUUGCUAAUGCCACUGCUUUGGCAUGUGUUCGGGAGAAUGUGAUGGACGGUGGCAAGGAUACUACGGAGAGCCACACAACGGAACAGGAAUUCACCACGGAAGCCUUAAAACCUCGACAGUUAUCAUCAAACUCUUCUUCCACAGCCUCUACACCCUCGGUUGCCGAGACA